AUGGGAAAGGACUCCAAAGAUCAGCCCGAUGCCGGGUUGAAGAGUCUCAACCACUAUUCAAGCCGACUACCCCUCUGGCGCUACUGGCCGAGACAGAAACUCCUCCCUCUGAUCCGAUAUGAAACGCCAUACCUUGCCUGGGUCCAGGAGAAAGUCCGUACCCCGACGCUGGAUUCCUAUUUUGCCUUCACAGCCAACCUCGGCACCCACACGUUUUUCAUGGUCUUCUUGCCCUUCCUCUUCUGGUGCGGUCAUACCAGCUUAGGGCGCGGACUAGUACACAUUCUGGCGGCAGGUGUCUUCUUCAGCGGUUUCAUUAAAGACUUGCUGUGUCUUCCUCGGCCCUUAUCUCCGCCGCUUCAACGAAUUACACACUCCGGCUCUGCUGCCCUGGAGUAUGGCUUUCCCUCGACGCAUUCCACCAACGCUGUCUCGGUUGCCGUGUACGCUAUUCUCGUGCUAAAUUCACCCGAUUCGACCGUUAGCCCACAGACGAGCCUCUUCCUCCAAGUUGUUACUUAUCUAUAUGUGACCUCCAUUGUGUUGGGCCGCUUAUACUGCGGUAUGCACGGGAUGCUGGACUGUGUUGUUGGCUGCGUGUUGGGUGCAUUAAUCGGCCUCGCCCAAUUUAGCUGGGGCCCCGCAUUUGAUGAUUACAUCCUGUCUUCCUCGCUGAGGGAGAUCCUCGUGAUCCCCAUUGCUAUCCUAGUCAUGGUCCGCAUUCAUCCAGAGCCGGCCGAUGAUUGCCCCUGCUUCGAUGACAGUGUCGCAUUUGCGGGUGUAACGCUUGGCGUGGACGUCGGUUCCUGGUACUUCACCCAAUCCGACCUCGCGUGGUCCGAACCCCUUCCGGGCACUAUUCCGUACGACUACCAAACUAUUGGUUUCCCUAAGACCGUGAUCCGUCUUGUGGUUGGUGUGCUGUGUGUUUUUGCUUGGAGAGAAAUCACCAAGCCGACUUUGUUGCGCAUUCUCCCGCCCAUUUUCCGCAGCCUGGAGAAACUCGGUCUUCUCUUGCCCCGUCGUUUCUUCACCACUGCCUCGCGCUAUACCACUGUUCCCUCCAACUUGAAGGACAACGAGGUCUUCCCUAACUUCUCCGACAUUCCUUCCAUCCUCACUACCAUCCGACACCCUAGGCGACGGGCCAUCUCCGUUGGACCACAGUCAGCAGCCGAUGCGUACGAGACUCUCGCAUACCGGGAGAAGCGCCGCCGCGAAAGCCAAUCGGGCGGCAGCCGCGGGUCCCCUGCCGACGGGGACAACAAAGUCAAUGGCAACCCCAUGCUCGCUCGAAAGACGUCCAAGCUGGACGACUACGAGCACAUGAUGGGCAGAGGCAGCCCACAAUCCGGCAAAGCCGAUCUAGAUGUCAACGUCCCUCGCUCAUCACCCCUUCCCCCUCCCGCAUAUGAAACAACCCGGGCGACAACCCGGGCCGACGAAAAGGAAGUAUUCUCGCAGAUCAAGAAGCCCCGCGUCCGAUACGACGUGGAGGUCGUGACCAAAUUGGUUGUAUAUGCAGGCAUCCCAUGGAUCGUCAUCAACGGCGCGCCCCCUGUGUUCGAAGUGCUCGGGCUCGGAGUUCCUUACUAG